CCUCGCCUCUUGGCUCACUUAGCGAAUUUUAUUUUUAGAUGAACCGUCGAUAGCCGAUUGGCUUAGACUACCAUCAGCCAACACAAGUAGAUUUCCCAAUCCACGACAGUCAGAUAUUCAACAUUUCUAACGUUUUGUUAAAUAAUCGGUGUUGAAGUUUUGAUUCUGCUGUGUGUUCAAAUGCCGUUCCGUCCUAGCAAGAAAAGAGGUUGUGUUUAAGGACAACAUUAAAGUGUUUGAAUUGUGUGAAUAUUAGCAUCAUUUCAAGGUCGGACAACUAUAUGUUUAUUCUAACAACAUUUACUUGAGAACAGAAAGGUGUUUGUAGUCAAGGCUCAAGCUGAAUCAUUUAACAGUCUUUGAGUUCAGUAUUGGCAGUGGCAACUCCUACAGAAUGCCAAAAAGGAAACAGGAGCCAAGCGGUUCAGUUGUGGCAAGCUGUGAAAUUCAAAACAAGCAAAUAAAGAUUGAAGAAUCAGGUGUAUUUCAUCCAGGAAAUCAUGAAGCUGAGAUGUGCUAUGGAGGAGAAGCUGAUCUACACAAACAUGUUGCUGGCUGUAAGAAGAAUCCAGGUCACAAAGGUUUUAUACCUCUUAAAGAUUUCAACGCAAGUUGUCUCCCCUCACGUUACCAUGACGACGACCUCUUGUCUGAGACAAUCAAAACAAUGGCAGACCUAACUGUCCAGGUAAAGACUAAAUUCACCAGUCUAGAGAGACCAGAGUUUUACCAAGACACUCAAGUUCCAUAUCCAUGUUAUAAUGACAGAGGACGUCGCGUGAUGAGGUUAGGGACGGGGAGGGUGUGGUAUGUGAAGAAGUACACAGAGAGUGGCGGAAUGGGAACUUGUCGUUGUGCCAAGUGUCAAGUCUCUGCCACACCCAGCAAAGUGUGGGGGAAGGUUGAAGUGUUGACAGCCACACACGUGGUGUUUGAUGACAGUGAGGCGAGACAGACCAGGUGUGUUUUAGGUUUUGAUGACAAUAAAAGUUCAGGGGUCAGUCUUGAUGGCUGGGAGAUGGAGGGUAGGGCAGACAUUGAGAAAGACUGGUGUGAGUUGAGUUAUGUGACAUGUGACUUAGAGUUGGUUGAUGAACUGUACAAGAUGUGUCAGCGCUUUGAAGGUCUAUGUAGGAAUGUAAUGGACAAAUACAGGAGAUUUGAUGAUGUGGACAAGUUGACCGUUAUAGUGUCACAUCCUCAUGGCUGUCCUAAACAGGUCUCUGUAGGACAAUGGACACACAAACAUGAGAGGGGUGUUGAUGAUGAUGAUGAUGAUGAUGAUGACGAUGAUGAUGAUGAUGCUGAUGAUGAUGAUGAUGAUGUCUAUGAUCUUAUCACCUGGACCAGGUACUGGUACACAACAUGUACAUGUCCAGGCUCCAGUGGAGCGCCUGUCUACAGGCUGGGAUAUGGCGGGUUGUUGUUGUACCAUUACCAUCCCCACAGUGGAUCAAACUCUGAAGGAAAUUAUAGUGGGGAGUGGUGGCACUGAUGUAACUGUUAGUUCUCUCCCCUUGUCUACACAAUGUAAACAAACAAAAUGGCGGAACCUUUCCAGUCAUUAAACUGUUUGUGUAAAGACUUGCAUGUCUUGUAAACAUUUUAUUACGUUUAAAUGAUUAAAACAAAUGUUUUGAUGGAUGUAAACGUUUAACCAAAUUAAUUCACAUGUACAUUGAUGGGUUUUACAGUUUUUUUUGUUUCAAAUGUUGUAAAUAAUUUGCUUAUAAUUUUUGUCGGCAAAUUGUUGUCAUAUGAACCUGUAAAAUGUAACCUACCUACCAAAUGUCAUAUUUAUACUGUUUGUUUA